AUGUCUGGCUCUAGCAGAGUUCGUUCCCGAAUUUCCGCGAGUGCCACGUCACCCGGUCGCGCCUCGCCAUACUUCCUUCAGCAGAAUUACGGUUCGCCAUUUGUCCAGUUCUCUGGCGCCGCGGGGAUCCGGACCGUUGAGCUGUCCACGUCAGACGAGUCCACGUGUCGCAUUCUCAUUGACGGCGCUCGCGUGACGUCGUACCGCGCGAUGAUGUGGCACGGCGCGGUGGAGGAGGUCCUGUACGCGGCGACGAACGAUGAUGACGUGGACGGCGACGACUCGCCCAGCUCAUGCAACCUGAUUCGAGGGGGUCUCGUCGUCAGCUUCCCAGCCAGUGGCGCGAUGACAGCUGGCAGCGGCAGGAGGGUGCCACUUGGAGAGCUGGCAGCGCAAGGCGAGUGGGAGGUGACGUCAGCAUCAAGCGCGCCAAACGGGAGCUGGGCUAAGGUGGGGCUCCGAGAGGGGCAAGGGGACAGGAUGGGUUGUGAUCUCUCAGUCAUUACAUUCGGAAUCACACCCUUCCUCUUCUUCCUCCUCAUCCUCCUCAACCUCCCCAUCCGCCUCCUCCUGCCCCUCUUGCAGCCCUCCACUGAUCUCCUCUUCGCCCCCUCUCUCGCUGCCCACCUCUCCCUCUCCACCAUCAACGGGGCUCGCCUGAUUGGCUGCAAAGGCGUGCGGUACUGUGGCAGUGAGAGAGGACGGCAGCCGGGGCGCCAGCAGCAGGAGACAGCUGAAACAGGAGGGUUAUGGGGAAUGGGAGGUUUAUUUGGGCAACUGGGCAGGAAGAAACAAAGCAGUGGGCAAGAGAUAGGAGCGACGGUAGCAGCAGCAGCAGCAGCAGCAGCAGCAGGAGCAGGUUUAGAAGUGAGCGCAGAUAACAAGGAGAUGGUAGGGCAGCUGAGGGGGCUGUGGAGGGAAGUGGUGGAGGGAGGGGAGGAGGGCGUGGAGAGAGCAGACUAUGCUGAUAUCGAGGCACCUGUAAAGCGGAUGUUUGUGGAUGGACCUAACUCGGUGACACUCCUUGACAGAGGUCGCAGGCUGUCCUUUCGCCUCGCAGCCGUCGGAUUGGGCGAUCUGACGGUGCACGCGGCGGAUGAGACCUGUGGGCUACGAGAGUGGGACGAGUUUCUCUGUGUCGGCUUCUCCUGUGCCCGCCGCCCGCUCACGCUUGCUGCUGGCGGAUCAUGGACCGGGACUUUCACCGUUACCAACCUCGGCGCUCCAUGA